ACACUGUAAUUAUUACCGCAGGAGCGGGUCGCGCGCGCGUGUUUUCGCCAUGGCUCCGAGCUCUUAAACCUGUGAGUCUGUACCUGUGGGAGCUGAGAGAGCUGCUGUGGGUCGGGGAAGUUUGGCUGCUCCUCUGUUUCUCUACUUCAGCGCCCGAACUCACGAAGACCGCCGCGGACCCGGACCGGCCGCCCGGCUCUCUGCAGACCCUCAGCGCUGAGCGCGCAGGAUGUGUGGAGCGCGCUGUGAUUCCUACCGAGGCUAAAAUAAAAAACAGCAGCAGCAGCAGCAGCGCAGCGGAGUGUUUUAUAUUAUUAUUCUCCCUCUGGAUUAUUUCAGCAGUACCGUGGUGAAGUGAGGAUGGCUGGGCUGUGGAGGAUCUCACUCUCCGUUUUUACUUUAACACUACUUACCGCCGUCUCACACGGAGUACAAGGAGCGUGCAUUCAUCAAGGCCUGCUGAUUGCGAACAACACAUCAUGGAAACCGGACACAUGUCAGGACUGCACCUGCCACAGUGAUGUCGUCAUCUGCAGAGCCACCCGCUGCCUAAACCCUCAGUGUGACUUUCAGAGGGGCGAGCGCUUGAGAAUCCCGCCCAACAAGUGCUGUCCGGAGUGUUUCCCACAGUCGUCCGGCUCCUGCCAGCACCGGGGGGCAGUGCACAGGCAUGACAGCCAGUGGAGUGAGUCCAAGUGCUCUGUGUGCACAUGCUCUCUGGGGAAAGUGACCUGCGUCCCUCCUGCCUGCCCUCCGCUUAGCUGUGGGAGCGGACAGAGCCCGUACAUCCCAGCCGGAGAGUGCUGCCCUAAGUGCGCUAGAAAUGGAGCUUCGUGCUCGUGGGAGGGAGAGGAGCGCAGAGAUGGAGAAGAAUGGACCCCCAGUCCCUGCACUAAGUGUGUAUGCCAGAAUGGAAACACACAGUGCUCUACUGCUGAGUGUCCACCAAUCACAUGCAAGCCGAAUGAGAACCUGGUGAUACAGCCUGGACGCUGCUGCCCUCAGUGCGUUUCAAACCCCUGCAUAGCAGCUGGAAAAGAAUACAAGGACGGUCAGCAGUGGCAGAAAAACAGCUGUACCACCUGCGUGUGUGACCGCGGACAGUCCCGGUGUCACACUGAGAAAUGUGCCCCUCUGCACUGCGACAAGGGUCAGAUGAAGGUGAAGCGGCCGGGUCAGUGCUGCGAGGAGUGUGCGUCGAGCAAAGGCAGCUGCCAGUACGAGGGCGCAGUCCGCUACCAUGGAGACAUGUGGAACGGCACAGGCUGCGAGUUCUGCACGUGCGAGCGCGGCCAGGUGCUGUGCCAGAGCGCAGAAUGUGCCAGGCUGGAGUGCCCACGGGGAGAAGAGCUGGUGUAUUUAAAUGGAAAAUGCUGCUCGGAGUGUAAGCCUGCGGUCAGCUCCUGUGUCUUCCCUCACCCGGAGAAAGAGGGAAUGAAAUCCAAUGUGAAGAAUUUCAGACGCCUUGCUAACCUGGAGAGUGUGAGUGAUGGGCCGUGUCGGGAGUGUCAGUGUAGGGAUGGCCAUGUGACCUGCUAUCAGCGCUCCUGCCCCACCUGCCCCGCCGGGACCCUCGCUGUGCCUCGGCAGGGGCAGUGCUGCCCUGAAUGCCAUCCAGCGGUCUCCUGCCAUCAGGACUGCCUGACGUGCUCCUCCUCUCCGGAUCACUGUGACAGCUGUAAAGAUGCCGGAGCGUUCCUGUGGAAAGGCCGCUGUCUGCACAGCUGUCCUACUGGCUUGUAUCCCCACGGCAGAGUGUGUGCAGCCUGCCAGCCGUCCUGUCUCACCUGUGUGAAUGGUUUUGAGUGUACGGCAUGUGGUGGGUCUCUGCUGCUCAGUGGCAGACAGUGUGUGGCCGCCUGCGAGAGAGGCCUGUACCAGGACCACACACAGUGUCUGAGUUGCCAUGGCUCCUGCUCAUCCUGUCGAGGGGCGGGACCUCAGGACUGUCUGUCAUGUUCGGACCCCUCCCAUCUGCUGAAGAACGGAUUAUGUGUUGCAGACUGUGGGCCGGGCUUCUACGCCAGUCAAGGCAACUGUUAUGCAUGUGACCCAUCCUGUGCUACCUGCCACCCGGACAACCCCAGCUGCUUGAGCUGCCCCAGUGGCUACGCACUGCAUCAUGGGAAAUGUGUUUCUGACUGUCCAGAUCAGCAUUACAAGGACAACUAUGGUCGUUGCCAAAUGUGCCACAGCUCGUGUGCCUCCUGUUCCGGACCCUCUGUGUCCCACUGCACCUCCUGCCCCGCCUCUCUCCCUCUUCAUCAAGGCCAGUGUGUGGAGGCCUGCGGGGAGGGACUCUUCACCCGGGAUGGACACUGCUACAGCUGCCAUGGGUCAUGCCGUGCGUGUGUGGGUCCAGAGCCAUCGGACUGUGUGCAGUGUGUAAAGCCAGAGGAGGUGCUGCAGCCCCAGCACACACACGUCUCUCACGGCACUUGCGUGUCCGCGUGUCUGCCCCAGCACUACCUGGAUACAGAACUUAUCUGCAGAGAAUGUCACUCCUCCUGUGCACACUGCACCGAGGGGAACGUCCGCAACUGCACCGCCUGUCUCCGACCCAGCGUCCUCCAUCACGGACAGUGCCUUGACCAUUGCCCUCAUGGCUUCCAUGUCCAGGAUCAUACCUGCCAAUCCUGCCAUCCAACCUGCAAGGAGUGUUUUGGUUCAUCUCAGGCGGACUGCACAGCCUGCCCCCCUCACGCUAGCCUUCACAAUGGCUACUGCAGGACCAGCUGCCCUGAGGGCCAGUACCUGAACGCUGUGGGCUACUGUAAUGAUUGUCAGCCUGGAUGUCAGCGGUGUACAGCAGAUCUGCAGCUCGGCUCUGGCACAGUGUGUCUGUGGUGUAAGGGCUCCCGAAUGCUGCUGCUCGGAGACCGCUGUGUGGAGCAGUGCCCACCGGGACACUACAGAUACCACGGUGCCUGCAAGAAAUGCCACAGUUCCUGUGCAGACUGCAGUGGAGAUGGACCCCAGACUUGUACUUCGUGUCUGACCCCUGCUGUUCUCUCGCCGUCCGGUGUAUGCGCGACUCGAUGCCCCAUUGGAUACUACUCUGACGAAUCCCGCGUGUGCAGAAAGUGUGACCAGCAGUGUCUGAGCUGUGAAAUGGCGGGAGUGUGUACGUCCUGCAGAGACCCGGCAAAGGUGCUGCUGUUUGGCGAGUGUCAGUACGAGAGCUGUGCUCAGCAAUACUACCUCAACACCACCACACGCACCUGCAGAGAGUGUGAUUGGAGCUGUAACUCUUGCCGUGGUCCGCUCCGCAGUGACUGUCUGCAGUGUAUGGAAGGUCAUGUUCUGCAGAACGGAGUGUGCAUGCCAGCCUGCUCCCAGGGGUCCUACCAGGAUGGAGAGAGAUGCCUGAAAUGUGAUGAUCAGUGUGAGCAGUGUGAGGGUCCGGGCAGAUGCUUGAGGUGUCAGACCCCCUAUGUCACUCUGAAUGGGCAGUGUGUGCAGAGCUGUGGUAAACACUGGUUCCUGGACUCGGCCGGGCAGCGCUGCUCUGAAUGCCCUGCUGGUUGUGUGGAGUGUGUGAGUGCAGGAGAGUGUCGUGUGUGUUCUGAGAACACUUUCCAGAAGAACAGACAGUGCACACCGGACUGUGGUCACGGAUACUAUAGUAACAGGAAGACUAGAGAAUGCCAAGCCAACACCCACGCUCCCUCUCUCCAUGUUAAUGGCUCGGUGUUUGUCCCUCUUGGAGGAGUGACCCCACUGGACCCAGCAGUCCUGUCAGUCAAAGACUCAGACAGCCAAUCAGAGAGCUUACUGCUCCAGCUGCUGCAGCUGCCCAAUAACGGCCAUCUGACAGCAAUAUCAGAGGAGGGCGGAGAGAGAGUGCUGAACAAGGACGACACCUUCACCCUCUCCCAGCUGAGGAACAGAGCCGUGCGCUUCGUUCACAACACAGAACAGAACAAGUUUGGUCAGUUCACUCUGAGGGCAGCCGAUCCACAGCUGUUCUCUCAGCCGCAGACUGUUAAUGUACAGGCUGUCUCCCAGCAGCCGCCUUUGGUGGUCACCAACCAGCCCAUUUACAUCAAUUCAGGAGAGACAGCUUUACUUACAAGGUCCAGUCUUCACAUUGAGGACCCAGACAACCCUCAGGACGUUCUUCUAAUGGUUCUGGACCCGCCACGACACGGCCACCUCACUCGUGUUCAUGCAGAUGGGCAAGUGACCCAGUUUAAGCUGGAAGAGCUGGUCCGUGAACAGCUGCAGUACGUUCAUGAUGGCACCACUGGAGAACAGGACAGCCUGCUGCUGCAGAUCAAUGAUGGGCACAGCUACCAGAAUGUUCUGCUGCAUGUCAACAUUGCUCAGAAGAACGCUCUCUCUCCUCACAUGCGGUCAGUUCCCAAAGUGUGGGUAAAGGAGGGAGGGAUGGUGCAGUUGUCCAAGAAGCAUCUGAAGGCAGAGUAUAAAGGAUCCAGCGACUCUGAAAUCCUGUACAGCAUCCAGUCUGACAGCGGACAGCCUCAACACGGUGAGAUAGUGUUCGUUCCCAUGCCGGCUGAUGGUCCAAUAGAAGCCUGGCAGGCUUUUCCUGAAAACAGAGACACAACGCCCACCACCACCUUUACACAGCAGGACAUUAAUGAGGGCACUGUGUGGUACCGGCACUAUGGCAAAAGCACUCAGAGGGACACCUUCCAGUUUCAGGUGUCCAGCGAGGUUUUUCCGGACACGCCGAGCGAUGCUCAGACCUUCAGCAUUGGAGUAAUGCCUCAGACUCCAGGUCUUCCCCAGCUAACUCCAGGAGCUGACCUACAGAUCAAUGCACUGGAAGAUCGUGUCACACUGAUAACUCCCUCUGCUCUCUCCUUCACUGACUCUGAGACGCCAAGCAACAAGCUGAUCUACAACAUCACUAAACCCCUACCUUCAGGCCACGGUAUGCUGGAACAUGGAGACAGACCCUACACUCAUGUCCGUUUCUUCACCCAAUCUGACGUAGACGCAGGGAAAAUCAUCUACAGACCCCCACAGGCUCCAUCCCACCUGCAGGAGCUUUACCAGUACUCUUUCACUGGCCUGCCAGAGUCAGUGAACUUCCAUUUUACAGUGUCUGACGGAGAGAACACCACUCCAGAGAUGGAUUUCUCCAUCCUACUGUUGGCCAAUCAUCAGCAGCCUCCAGUCUUUCAGAUUCUGGACCCGGUGCUGGAGGUCAGUCUGGGUGGCAGAGCUACAGUAGGUGGUCAGCAGUUGGCCGUGACAGAUGCUGACACAGCCCCAGAUGAGCUGGAGUUUGAGCUGGUAGAAAGUCCAGUGCAUGGGACUCUUCUGAGGGUGGACUUUGGGGCUCAAACCCAGAUGGUUAACGGCGACACCUUCACCUUUAGUGACCUAACCAGGAACGUCCUCCAGUAUGAGCACACCGGACUGAACACUGAGGAGGACAGCAUGAUCUUCUCAGUGACAGAUGGGAUGUCCAUGACCUCCACCACAGUGCAGGUGAUCGUUUCCGGGGUCAGAGGUGACGGCCCCAGGCGUGACCCCGAGGCCCUGCUGUCACUGGAAGUGGGAGAGAAGAGUAGCACCGUUAUUAGACGCUCACAUCUAGCUUAUGUGGACAAUAAUUCCUCUGAAGAAAAGAUUCGUAUCCAGUUGGUUUCUGUUCCCAUGUAUGGAAUCCUUACCAAGACCAGCUCUGAAUCAGAACAUGAAGAACUGAACGAGUACUCCACCUUCACUAUGGAGGACAUCAACCAGCAUAAAAUUAGGUACGUCACCUCGUUUGAAACUGGAAACCAGCCAGUUACCGAUAUCUUCCACUUCAUUGUCUAUGAUGGUGAGAACAAUCGCCUGGAAAACCAGAUGUGCACCAUUACCAUAACCUCUGUGCACCGAAAGCCCCCCGUGGUCACUGUCCACAGCAGCAUCAAGGUACAAGAGGGAGGCAGAGUCCAGCUGUCAGCCAAUCACAUCAUAGCCUCUGACCCAGACACACCCAAAAAGGACCUGCUGGUGUGGUUGAUCAACCCUCCAAAGUAUGGAUUUUUAGAGAAUACAAAACGAGUUGGCUCAGUGGGCGGAGCUCGGGUGAUCAGUCCAGACGUACCCUUUACCAUGGAAGACCUCACCUUAGACCACAUCUUCUAUGUCCAGAACGUCCACCAGGUCAAUGUACAUCAGGACGUCAUCAGCUUUUACGUUAGUGACGGCACCAGCCAGACGGAAGCCUUUGACGUCACCAUAGACAUCCAGCAAACCAAAGAAGACAAAGUUCCAGUAAUCUCAGUGAGCAGCAUCCACGUGGAGGAGAACACCGGUGUGGUCAUCACCAAUUCCUCCCUCAGCGUUCUGGAUCUGGACACACCAGAGAACGAGAUUCUGCUCACCGUCAUCAAAAAGCCGUCAUACGGCAAGCUACGUAGGAGGCAGUUCUACUCCCAGCCACUAGAGAACGGCAAGAUCCUCCUUCAGGGCUCCACCUUCACCUACCAGGAUGUUCUAGACGAGCUGCUGGUCUACACCCCGGACGGACACGGCUCUGUGACUGACGAGAUUCGAUUCUCAGUGACGGAUGGAGUUCAUACAGAGACAGGACGUCUGGAGUUUAGCAUGGACGUGAAAAAGAGUGAAGGACCCAGAGUCACCAUCAACCGAGGCCUUCAGCUAGCAGCAGGUUCCUCAUCUAAAAUCACAGAGCAGCAGCUGAAAGGGACGGAUAUUGAUUCUGACAACUUAAAACUGAAGUUCAGUCUGACCAAAGACGUGAGUGUGGGCAUCCUUCAGCUGACCAAAGGCAGAAGCAAAGUCCAGCUCUCUGCCAGAGGACCAGUCCGGAGCUUCACUCAGGAGGACAUCAAUAAAGGCUUUCUGGAAUAUAUCCAUGAGAAAGGAGACAGUGGAGGCAGUUUCUCCUUCAAGUUCGACCUUGAGGAUCCGGAGGGUAACAAACUGAUUGACGAGUCCUUCUUCAUCAGUGUUUUAGAGGAUAAGCUUCCCCCGUCAGUGGUGGUGAAUAAGGGUCUGGUGCUGGAUGAGAACUCAGUGAAGAAGAUCACUACCCUGCAGCUCUCUGCCACUGACCAGGACAGCGAGCCUGGAGAACUGGUUUACCGCAUCACCAAGCAGACCCAGCUGGGACACCUUGAACUUUCCACCAAUCCAGGCAAGCGCAUCAGCACCUUCUCUCAGGCUGACCUGGCCUCCCGCAACGUCCAGUACGUCCACACCAGCGAAGAGGAGAAACACUCGGAUGAAUUCUCUUUCACCGUGUCGGACGGGGCUAACGAGAUCUCCCAGACCUUCUACAUCAGUAUCCGGCCAGUGGACGACUCUCUGCCCGUGCUGCAGGUGCCUGGCAUGCGUGUGCAGGAGGGAGUGAGGAAGACCAUCACAGAGUUUGAGCUGAAGGCUGUGGAUGCAGAUACAGAGGAGGACUCGAUCACUUUCACUAUUGUCCAGGCUCCUCGUCACGGCACCAUCGAGCGCACCAGCAACGGUCAGCACUACCGGCAGACUAACACCUUCACCAUGGACGACAUCUAUCAGAACCGCAUCAGCUACAACCAUGACGGCAGCAACUCUCUUAAAGACCGCUUCACCUUCACCGUCAGCGACAGCACCAACAUGUUCUUCAUCAUAGAAGAAGGAGGAAAAGAGGUUGUCACUGCAGCUCCUCAGAAGUUUAAGAUUGACAUCUUGCCCGUUGAUGAUGGAACUCCUCGCAUCGUCACCAACCUGGGCCUGCAGUGGUUGGAGUACAUGGACAACAAGGCCACAAACCUGAUCACCAAGAAGGAGCUCCUCACCAUCGACCCAGACACAGAUGACGGUCAGCUGACUUACGAGAUCACCUCUGAACCCAAGCAUGGCUUUCUGGAGAGCAAGCUCAAACCAGGAACUACCAUUACCUCCUUCACACAAGCUGACGUUAACCUCGGCCUGAUCCGCUACGUUCUGAGUGAGGAUGGGGUUCAGGAGACCAUGGACAACUUCAAGUUCCUGGUAAAAGACAGCAAACCCAACAUAGUCAGUGACAAUGUGUUCCACAUCCAGUGGUCCCUUAUCAGCUUUGAGCACAGCAGUUAUAAUGUGAGUGAGAAGGCAGGCACUGUGGCGGUUACAGUGAAGAGAACGGGGAAUCUGAACCAGUAUGCCAUCGUUCUGUGCCGAACAGAGCAGGGAACGGCCACAUCCACCUCCAAUGUGGGCUCUCGUCCAGGACAGCAUGACUACGUGGAGCAUGCUGGACAGGUUCAGUUUGAUGAGCGAGAGGACACCAAGGUGUGCACCAUCGUGAUCAAUGAUGACCAUGUGUUCGAGAACAUCGAGAGUUUCACCGUGGAGCUCAGUAUGCCCGUGUAUGCUCUCCUGGGACAAGUGAUCCGCGCCAAGGUCAACAUCAAUGACACAGAGGAUGAGCCCACACUGCAGUUUGACAAGAAAACUUAUCAUGUCAAUGAGAGCACUGGAUUCAUCUUCGCUCCCAUCGAGAGAAAAGGGGAUACCAGCAGCACUGUGUCGGCUCUGUGCUACACCGUCCCCCGGUCAGCGCGGGGCAGCAGCCUCUACGCCCUGGAGUCCGGCUCUGACUACAAGAGCCGAGGCAUGAGCGGAGAGAACCGGGUGAUUUUGGGGCCGGGGGUCAGCAUGUCCACCUGCGACGUUAAGCUGAUCGAUGACAGCGAGUACGAGCUGUCUGAGGAGUUUGAGCUGGUGCUGUCUGACGCUUCGGAUAACGCUCGAAUGGGAGAUGUAACAGUGGCCAAAAUCAUCAUCGACGGACCAAACGAUGCCUCCACCGUGUUCCUCGGGAAUGGGUCCUUCACCUUCAGUGAGGAUGCAGGUACCAUUGAGAUCCCGGUGUUGCGGCAGGGAAGUGACCUCUCCUCUGUGACCUCAGUUUGGUGUGCCACUCGCCCUGCUGACCAGGACUCAGCCACUCCCGGAGUGGACUACAUCCCCAGCUCCAAGAAAGUCGAGUUCAGGCCUGGAAAGACUGAAGAGACUUGCAGUCUGACCAUAAUGGAUGACAUCCAGAACCCCACCAUUGAAGGAAAGGAGUCCUUCAUUGUCUUCCUCAGCUCUCCUAACGGCGCUGUUCUCACUGAACCUCAUGAAGCUUCCGUUUACAUCACUGACACCACCCAAGACAUUCCCAGCAUGCAGUUUGAGAAGGUGGCGUAUACGGUAAAGGAGAAGGAUGGAGCUCUGCACAUCCCCAUCAUCAGGACGGGUGAUCUCACCUACAAAUCCUCCGUUCGCUGUUUCACCCGCACCAUGUCCGCCAUGGUGAUGGACGACUUUGAGGAGAGGAGGAACGCAGAUGUCUCUCGUGUCGUCUUCCUCAAAGGAGAAAAGGUGAAGAACUGCACAGUCUACGUUAACGAUGACUCCGUCUUUGAGCCUGAAGAGGAGUUCCAGGUACAUUUGGGCACACCACAGGGAGAUCACUGGAGCGGAGCCAUGAUUGGAGUCAAUGACAUUGUCACUGUGACCAUUACUAAUGAUGAGGAUGCUCCUACCAUUGAGUUCGAACAGUCCUCUUACCAAGUGCGGGAGCCCUCUGGUCCGGAUGGCAUCGAGGUUCUGAACAUCAAAGUCAUCCGUAAAGGAGAUCUAGAUCGCACCUCCAAGAUCCGCUGCAGCACCAGGGACGGAUCAGCUCAGUCUGGAGUGGACUACAAUCCCAAAAGUCGAGUCCUCAAGUUCACACCUGGCGUGGACCACAUUCUCUUUAAGGUCGAAAUCCUGUCCAAUGAGGAGCGAGAGUGGCACGAGUCUUUCUCAUUGGUCCUCGGCCCUGAUGACCCGGUGGAAGCUGUGCUUGGAGAAGUUACAAUGGCGACAGUUACUAUCCUGGACCAAGAAGCUGCGGGAAGCCUCAUCCUUCCUGCUCCUCCCAUUGUGGUGUCACUCUCAGACUACGACUACGUCCAGGAGGUCACGAAGGAAGGCAGUAAGAAGUCUCCAUCUCCAGGCUAUCCUCUGGUCUGUGUGACUCCUUGUGACCCUCAUUACCCAAAGUCCUCCAUAAUGAGGGAGCGCUGUGAGGAGGCCGGCAUCAACCAGACCUCCAUCCACUUCAGCUGGGAGGUGGCAGCCCCCACAGACACCAGUGGAGCCCGCUCUCCCUUUGAGACGGUUACGGACAACACACCUUACACCACCGUCAAUCACAUGGUUCUGGACAGUAUCUACUUCAGCCGGCGGUUCCAUGUGCGCUGUGUGGCUCAGGCCCGGGAUAAGGCAGGGCACCUGGGUACCCCAUUAAGAAGCAACAUCGCCACCAUCGGCACUGAGGGCUCCAUAUGCCACACCCCGGUGACCACCGGCACUGCCCGUGGAUUUCAGGCCCAGUCGUUUAUUGCCACACUCAAAUACCUUGAUGUCAAACACAAAGAGCAUCCCAACAGGAUCCACAUCUCAGUUCAGAUUCCUCAUCAGGAUGGCAUGCUUCCACUGGUGUCAACUAUGCCCCUGCACAACCUGCACUUCCUGCUGUCAGAGUCCAUUUACCGGCAGCAGCACAUCUGCUCAAAUCUGGUCACCCUAAGAGACCUAAAGGGCAUUUCUGAAUCUGGCUUCCUAGAUGAUCUAUCCUACGACAGCAUAUCCCUGGGCCCGGGAUACGAUCGCCCCUAUCAGUUCAACCCCAACGUUCGGGAGGCCAGAACCAUCCAGCUGUACAAACACCUCAACCUGAAGAGCUGCAUCUGGACCUUUGAUGCCUACUACGAUAUGACCGAGCUCAUUGAUGUCUGCGGGGGAUCGGUCACUGCUGACUUCCAGGUCAGAGACUCAGCACAGUCCUUCCUGACUGUGCAGGUGCCUUUAUAUGUGUCGUACAUCUAUGUGACAGCCCCUCGUGGCUGGGCCUCGCUCGAGCACCACACAGAGAUGGAGUUCUCCUUCUUCUACGACACUGUACUGUGGAGGACGGGUAUCCAGACAGACAGUGUGCUGUCAGCCAGACUUCAGAUCAUCCGUAUCUUCAUCAGGGAAGAUGGACGGCUUGUGAUUGAGUUUAAGACGCACGCUAAGUUCAGAGGUCAGUUUGUUCCCAAUCAUCACACUCUUCCUGGGCACAAGUCCCACUUGAUGGCCCCGGACCACCUGGGGGGGAUUGACUUUGACCUGCAGCUGGUGUGGAGCGCACAGACCUUUGACUCCCCCUACCAGCUGUGGAGGGCCACCAGCUCCUACAGCAGAAAAGACUAUUCUGGAGAGUACACAGUGUUCCUGAUCCCCUGCACAGUGCAGCCCACUCAGCCAUGGAUCGAUCCUGGAGACAAGCCCCUCUCCUGCACAGCCCACGCCCCGGAAAAAUUCCUGGUGCCCAUUGCGUUCCAGCAAACGAAUCGCCCUGUUCCUGUGGUCUACUCCCUCAAUACCGAGUUCCAGCUCUGCAACAAUGAGAAGGUCUUCAUGAUGGACCCCGCCACUGCAGAUAUGUCCAUGGCUGAGAUGGACUACAAAGGAGCUUUCUCAAUGGGUCAGACAUUGUAUGGCCGGGUGUUGUGGAACCCAGAUCAGAACCUGAACUCAGCCUACAAGCUGCAGCUGGAGAAGGUGUAUCUGUGUACGGGAAGGGACGGCUACGUGCCCUUCUUUGACCCAACAGGCACCUUGUACAAUGAGGGACCUCAAUAUGGCUGCAUUCAACCCAACAAGCACCUCAAACACCGCUUCCUGCUGCUGGAUCGGAAGCAACCAGACGUGUGCGAUCACUACUUCCAUGAUGUUCCGUUCGAAGCCAGCUUUGCCUCAGACAUCCCCGACCUGCAGUCCAUGACUUCCAUGCCCGGUGUGGACGGCUUCACCAUGAAGGUGGAUGCCCUCUAUAAGGUGGAGGCGGGGCAUCAGUGGUAUCUCCAAGUGAUAUACAUCAUUGGGCCAGAGUCCACCACCAACCCCAGGAUCCAGCGCUCACUGACCUAUCAGCUGAAGCGAGGCCGUCGCGACCUGGUGGACCGGUCGGGCCGCCUGACUCUGGACGAGUCGCUCAUCUACGACAACGAGGGCGACCAGGUGAAGAACGGCACCAACAUGAAAACCCUGAAGCUGGAGGUGGAGGCCUCGGCCACCUUCAAGCCGCAGAUGGGGGGCUCCGUCGGAGGCGGCGUGGCCGCCUUCAUCCUGCUGCUGCUGAUCCUCCUGACCUUCUGCCUGCUGUUCAGAAAGUGCAGGAGGAAUGCCGGGAAGAAGAGACCACCCCCCAAGGCAGCGGAGGACUACCCGCUAAACACCAAGGUGGAGGUGUGCCUGGAGCGCCUGGAAAAGAACCUCAACAGCAAGAACUGCACUGUGAGGAACAUCAACCUCCUCAACAAGAGCACUGAGGCCUGCAAGGUCAACGGCGUCAAGGUCAAGCAGGUCAACCUGGAGGUCAAGCUCCACAACAAUCUGAACGACGGCACUGAGGUCUGAUCCGGCCACAUGUCCAAAAGAAGAAAAAAAAAACAAAGAAAAAAAAGAUACAAAAAUCCCCAAAAACAUGAGUAUUUAAUACGGAAUUGAACAGAAAAGCAUAUUUUCUAUAGCUGUUUGUAAUAAUGCAAUGAGAUAUUGUUAAUGUAUUUUUAUAUAUGGCCAUGAGUGAUAAAAGGGAAAAGUCUGUUUGCCAGCUAUGCAGUGUAAAGAAUUUCACAACUGAGCUACCUCAGGAAGUUACAAGAAUCUUGUUUGCGUUUAUAGCAUCAGAUAUCAUCAGAUGGAAAACAAUACAUCUUUAUUUUUUUUAGUUGUUUUAUGCCAGUAUGCCGGUAUGCCUUCGUCACUAUACUCAUCAUGUUACAGCAACCAGUGGUAGCUCAGCCACUUUUAUCACUUUGUUGCAUUGAUUUCGCUGCAUACUUUGUGAUUUACUGAUCCUAAUGAAACCACUAUGAAAGUAUUAAGCACAGGUUUUUAGUGCCAACACUGUUCGGACAACGAGAAUGAUGUACAUAUAAUACCUUUAUAAAGUGCAAUUAACAUGAUGACAUAAGUCGGUGUCCUUCGUCAUCCAUUUCUGGUUCUUUGCCUUGAUGUAAUUUCUUGUUGCUUGAUCACCAUUGUGCCACGCUGAUCUUCGUCAAGUGCGAUUUUCUGAGUCUCGAUACAAAUACAAAAAAAAACAUUGCAUAGUUUUUGGGGUUUUUUUUUUUUAUAUAAUUUCAUUUCUGAUUUUUCCACAUUUUUUCCCAAUUUGGCUAUCCAAUUGUCCCACGUCUUUGUGCGUCCCCAUCACCCUAGGAAAAUGCAGACGAGCACACGCCUCCUCCGACAUGUGUGAAGUCAGUCACCCCUUUUUUGAGCUGCUGCUGAUGAAUCAUUGCCUAAGCAGCAUCACAGCACACUCGGAGGAAGGCGCAGCGACUAGGUUCCGAUACAUCGGUUCACAGACGCCUCGUGCUGCCUGGCGCCACCUUUAAGAGUGUGAUGGGGAGAGAGCGCCAUCUACCCAUCCAGCUUGAUGGCAAAGCUGCAUGAGCAGGGGUUCGAACCUGCGACCUCCUGCUCAUAGUGGCAGAGCUUUAGAUCGCUGGACCACUCGGCGCCAAAACACUGCAUAGUUUAAAACGGUUUAAAAAUCACGAUACAUGACUGUAUUAUUUUUACAGCUGCUCUGGUAACUACUGUUUUUUUUUUACUGCCUGAAUGAUGAAUGAUUUUAUUGACUACUGUAAUAAAUACAGAGCUGACUUUUUUUUUUACACUAUAACACUAUAAGGAAAAAGAGGUACUGUACAGAUUAAGUCAAAAAGGCACAAAAAAAGAAAAAAAAGUCCUUAGGGAUACUGAGGAAUGCCUGAUGUAACAGAGGCUGAUAUAUUAUUUAUCCAUACCUUCAAAACCACAUGAAAUACAACUAAAAUUACAUUAGCCUUAUUUUUAUCCUUAUGUUUAGAGCUAAGGCUUAUGUUCAGAGCUAUAUUCAGACUUCUAGACUCCACAGCUUCCUCUCCUCUGCAGGCUGCGUUUUAAGUUACGUAAACGUAAAUUGGCUUCUAGUUUGUCAGCGUUAUUUUUUUUUCUGUUCCACCUUAAAUGGUGCAACAGCUGCUGGCAACUGAGCACUUUAUGGUAUUUAGGUUUAUAAUAUCAGAAUCUGCUGAUAUAUACAGCUCUGGAAAAAAAAUAAAUAAGAGACCAGUUUCUCUGAUUUUGCGAAGUGUUUGAGUAAAAUGAACAUUGUUGUUUUAUUCUAUGAACUACAGACAACAUUUCUCCCAAAUUCCAAAUAAAAAUAUUGUCAUUUAGAGCAUUUAUUUGCAGAAAAUAAGAAAUGGCUAAAAUAACAAAAGAUACAGAGCUUUUAGACCAUAAAUAAUGCAAAGAAAACAUUUAUAUAUUCAUAAAGUUUUAAGAAUUCAGAAAUCAAUAUUUGGUGGAAUAACCCUGUUUUUUAAUCACAGUGUUCAUGCGUGUUGGCAUGUUCUCCUCCACUAGUCUUACAUGCUGCUUUUGGAUAGCUUUAUGCCUGCAUUCCUGGUGCAAAAAUAAAAUAAGCAGUUCAGUUUGGUUUGAUGUCUUGUGAUCAUCCACCUUCCUCUUGAUUAUAUUCCAGAGGUUUUCAAUUUGGUCAAAUCAAAGAAACUCAUCAUUUUUAAGUGGUCUCUUUUUUCCAGAGUUUUAUCUUAAAUGAGGCCCAGAAAAUCCAAAUUCAAAGUGCAUUUCUAAGGCUACGUUCACAUUACAAGACUUAAUAAUCAGUUAAGAUUUUUUGCACAGAUCGAAUUUGGCUAAAUUAAUGGUUGGGAGAGAGGGUCGACCUGCUAGUGAGGAAGCUCUAUGGCCUCGAUAUGGAGAUCUGCGCAAGCGCAGUAGCCAGAACAACAACUUUUAAGGUUUUAUCUCAAAACUGUAUGAGUUCUUUUUGAAAAUAUAUUUUCAAUUGUAAGUAUUUGAUCUCCUGCUAUUGGUAAAGAUGAGAUCCUGCUCUUGUUUGACCAGAAAUAGCUGCCUGUAAACCCUCUGCUAUCUGUCACCAACCGCACAAAAUGCAUUUGUACAGGCAAACAGAUGAAUAAAAUCUAAUCUGAUGUUUACAUUCAUGUUGUGUGUUCAAAAAAUCGAAUACGUACCGUAUCUAGGACUAGGAAAAUAUUAGAUCUGUUCACACAGCAAUGGAAAAAUCUGAUUUGUCUCGCAUUAUAGCAAAGAUUUAAUGUGAAUAUAGUCUAAUUAUGUCUCUAAAUGGGUUGUAACAUUACAAAUCAGUUACAAUAAGCCUGGAGUCAGAAAGUCUUUAACAAAACAACCAAAGCUACUAAAAAAUACCAUUGAGGGAAGAUUUAAACAGUGAAAAGUACAGUAUCUUGUUUUUCUGAAAGUGCUGGAUAAAGGUUAUAUGCUGCGUUAUCAUUAUUUUAUACCAUGUGUCUCUACUGUAAUGAUGUACCCGUAUUUUGGAUUUGUAAUUGCUGUACUGUGUACUUAAAAGCUCCAUCAGUGUCCAAUGACAUUUCAAUGCUGACAUGAGAUUAUCAUCAUAUUAUCUUGCAUUAUUAUAAUGUUACUCUCAUAUUACGUACCACGUUUGGCACAUCCCCCCCCCCCCCCAGUGUUGCGUUAUUAAAGGACUCUGUUACAUAUAAUGAGGUGCUCGUUUUAGCGAGACUUCCCGGGUUAAUACUAAAGUCCCGGAUCUCCAUAGCACAGCGCAUUAAGCGCAAAUAAUUUUUUAAUUAUUUGAUUACAUUUGCUUACUUUGUCUGUACCUUAUUUCAUUGUAUGUACAAUUUUGCAGAAUGCAGUGCCUAUCAAAGUUUGAGAGAGAAGAUAUUUUUGGUGCUAUUAUUUGUGGGGAAAAAAUGACAAUGCUCUCGACACAAUGCCUGUACUAUGUGCCUUUUUAGUAAUAAAAAAAUGACCUCGUAAAAA